AUGAGAAAAAGAAAAACAGCGAAUCGCGACAGUGAUGGUACGACACCAGAGCCAGAAAGCCACCAUGAACAACACGAAGAAGAAGAAAGCAAACCGACGGUGACACCUCAAUCACCAACUGAGGAGAACAUCUUUGACGAUAUAUCACAGCUAUCUGAUUACAGCCAAUACUCUGAUGAAGACAGUGACCAAAGUCAUACAGCGAAUCGGGACAGUGAUGGCACGACACCAGAGCCAGAAAGCCACCAUGAACAACACCAAGAAGAAGAAGAAGAAAGCAAACCGACGGUGACACCUCAAUCACCAACUGAGGAGAACAUCGCCGAUGAGGAUGACGAUGAUAUAUCACCGCCAUAUUAUGAACAGUACUCCGAGGAGGACAGAGACCUCCAGCUCGCAAUCAUCGCCUCUCUCAAAAACCCAACUCCGAAGAGAAGAAAACUUACCGAAACAGGGGAGUCUUGUGAUGAAAUUGACCCUCUAUCCUUUACAUGUGAAAUUUGUGUUGAGCCAAAGUCAUACCUCGAUUUUUUUCACAUUAUUGGUUGUACACACACUUACUGUUCCGACUGUAUCAUCAAAUACGUGGCUUCAAAGCUACAAGAAAACAUUCCGCAGAUUCGAUGCCCUGUUUCGGGGUGUGGAGGACUUUUGGAGCCGGAGCAUUGCCGAACCAUUUUGCCACCGGAGCUGUUUGAUAGCUGGGAAAAUCUUUCUGCGAGGCGGUCAUUCCUGGAUCGGAGAAAUUAUACUGUCCCUACACGGAUUGCUCUGCGCUUUUGA